UGGAAGAAUUUUAACAAGCCUCGUUUGGACGUGACUAGAAAGAGACAGGCGCGUAACUUACAGAUCAAUUCUUGGUUAACUUUUGAUUUUUAAGCUUGCACAGUUAAAAAAAAAUCAAGAUGAUUUCAGCCUGCUUAGAGUUCCUCGGCUUGGGCCUGUGUGUGGCGGGCACACUGAUGGUGAUGGUGGCGUGUGGCUUACCGAUGUGGAAAGUGUCCGCUUUCAUCGACGGCAACAUCGUGGUGGCGCAGACCAUCUGGGAAGGACUGUGGAUGACCUGCGCGGUGCAGAGCACGGGCCAGAUGCAGUGCAAGGUGCACGACUCUGUACUGGCGCUCACGCAAGACCUGCAGACGGCCAGGGCUCUCACCAUCAUCUCCGCCGUGCUCGGAGUCAUCGGGCUAUCCUUCACCAUCGCCGGAGCGCAGUGCACCAACUGCAUCAAGACCGAGAGCAUCAAAGCCAAGGUGGUGAACUGCGGUGGAGUGAUCUACAUCAUCAGUGGUCUGUUCGUCCUCAUCCCUCUCUGUUGGAUGGCGAAUAACAUCAUCUCCAACUUCUACGACCCACAAGUGCCCGCCGCCAAGAAGAGGGAGAUUGGAGCCGCCCUGUACAUCGGCUGGGCGGCUGCGGGGCUUCUGCUGACCGGGGGCACUAUUCUGUGUUGCUCGUGUCCAGAACACUUCAAGUCCACGUAUCCCAUUAAGUACGCGCCGACAAAGAGUAUCACCCAAAACGGGGACUAUGACAAAAGAAAUUACGUUUAAGUUUAAUUUUGUCCAACGGACUUAUAGAUGCUUAUUUUUGUGCCUGACAAACUUCACGUGAAGACUGUGUGGCUGACGCACAGCUCACGAGCGCGCAUUCCAAGUCGCUCCCAAGAACUGCUGCUAUUUUGGUGAAGUCGUGCCAUCUUCCAGAAACUCACACCUGCCAUGGCGACUUGCUCUGCGCACGGACUGCCAAGUGUUGUGGGGAACACUCUUGUUCGUUAGUCGUGUGCUGUAUCAAAUUUUACAAGCUCUUGGGGCAGAGCUGUGCCUAUUCAUUCGAGUUUGUCAAUGAACUGAAUCUUUAAGAUGACUAUUUUUUAUCUUAGCCUGUUGUUUUUUUCCAUAUAUAUAUAGGUCAACAGAAUGAGUAACUGGUGCUCAGAAACCCCACUGGCACAGUUUACAUAUGAUUUUCCUCCGGCAAUUAGACACGGUCUGGUCACACGGACUGUUCUAUGAAGCCCAUUGAAUAGUUCCCAUUGUUUGACAGUUGCAUACCAGCUAUGUGUAGCCUAUAUUUGGCUGCAUCGCCCACUGCAACAAUUGUUGAACUAUUGCAUUGUUGUGUCUGGCAAAUUGAAGGGGUUGUAAAUAUGUUUUGAUGUAGUUCCUAUUGUAUGCCUAUUCUUGACAUAAAAAUGCUUCCAUUCCCUUCUGCCCUGUGUAGAAAUUGGAUGUAUAGAUUUUAAUAAACUUGUUAAUGUUUUUCAAA